AUUGCUAAAGAAUCAGUUAGCUCACUCGGACCAGUUGAAAGUUCCAAAAUAACAUCCACUCCAGAGGCGAGUUCGGAUAUAGUCAGGGGCUGGAGCGGGACAAAUUUUAGGGUGCUUUUAAAUGACAUUUAAGCGUGUUAAACUGUCACUAAUCGGACUAAACAUCUAUGGACUAAACCGAACGCUAAAAGCGUCGUUUGGAGUUAAAAGUGUUAAAGGAGUUAAAGGAACUUGGCAGACCGAACGCAAUGUCUGUGUAUCAACAUCAACUGUAAAUAGUGUCAAAUAUCAGUGUCAUAAAUUUACAAAAGGGAAAAAAUACAAAAUAGAUUUUGUACAAAAAACAUUUUUAAAAACUGGCGUAUAUUUAGUACUUUAGCUAUUAAUAAGAAUAAAUUUGUAAAAUAAGAAAAUGGCUCCCCAAAUGAAGAAGAUUAAAACAUAUGGACCAUCAAAUACUAGCUUAGUCAAUAACUCUGUAGAUGCAUUUAAUGUUUUAUUUAGUAAUCAUAAGCGAAAGACUAUAAUUAAAAAGAAAAGAAAGAAAAUGGAACAUCUAACAAAAGAAUUGCUUACCAGACCAAAAUUUACAUCAGGUCUAACAAAUGAUUCUUUUCAAAUAUCAAUGAAUGACACAUUUGAUAAAGUAAAGCAAUCUGUUAAUAAAUCAAAAUCAUUAAAUAAAUCAGAGGUAGGACGUUUUAUUUCAGAAGAUAUUACCAUUCAUUCACCGAUUUUGUUGAGACGCAGAAAGAACUUUUUAGACAGCUCCAAUUCAUUGCAAAUAUCUGAAAUAUCAGAUUCAUAUGAAAAGACCCAUCUAAAAAUUCUUAAAGGACCAUCUGAAGAUAAAAUAGAUGGAAGUUUGGAAAUUGAGGUACUAGAAAAUAAACAAUAUCUUAGCUCUUUGAGUUACAUUAAUGUUGAAAAGACAGAAAACUCCCUCAAAAUAUCGAAUAGUUUAAACUGUUCAAAAUUGGGUGCUUCAAUAGAUACUUUUUCAAAACAUUUAGCCCAUUGUAGUACCCCUGUAUCACAAUUUAAACAUCCAAAUUUAAUCAAUCAAACAGUGUCUCCUGCAAAAAUUAAUUCACUUGUACAUGAGGAAAGUAGUAUGUUUCACACACAAAGUAAAAAUCUUAAUAAGACUGAGAAUAGAAGCAUGGAUAGAAAUAAGUAUGUAGAAUCUGAAAGUUCUGAUAAUAAUACUCCUCAAAAGAGAAAGAGUUUCAUAACUUUAAGAAAAAGAAAAAUAUUAAAGACGAAUGUACAAGAUGUGAAAAAUAAAAGUCUGAGAAAAUACUUAACAUCAACACUGCCAUCUUCCAGUUACUUUGAAAAGAACCUAGAAUCUUUUAAUGACAGUGAAAAGCAAGGAUUUGCUUUAACAACAAGCUUAGAUUCUUUUGCUAAAUUUGAGAAUAAAAUUGCUUAUAUUUCCAAAAAACUCGACUCAAAAGAUAAUUUUGUUACUAAAAGGAGAGCUAUUAGCAAAGAAAUUUUUGAAUCAAAUGAUCUGUCCUUUGGGUUAGAAAAUGGUAAAUAUUUAGAAACCAAUAAAAAAAUUGAAAAAGAAAUUGAGAAUAAAAAAAAAAUGUUUAUCGAGUUGCAAAGGCUGCCUCUCAUUUCAACAAACUCUUCUACCAAAUUGGAAUCAGAUUUUGAAAAAUUCUAUUCACACAAUAUUUCCAGCGAAUUAGCUGACACAAAAUUAGAAAAUAAGACUGAUAACUCUUUAGAAAAAUUCGAACAAUUUUAUACCAGUAAUUAUAUUUGUAGUCAGAACAGUGAUCAAUGUGCAGAAAUAUCUUUUCUAACUUCUAAAAAAACAUCAGCACAAUGUGACAGUUUAGAAGCAAACAGAGAUGAAUUUGAGAAAUUUUAUGUGAGCCAUUAUAGCUGUAAGGAAGACACUAUUCAAAAAAAUAUAAUAAUUAAAGAUUUAAGAGUAAACAUAAUUAAAGAGUCUUUAAGAGCACAAAAAAAUAAAAAUAUUUUGGGAGUGUCCAAUGAUUUAAAUACUGAUAAUAUUGAGAAGGAAAUAAUCAAUGAGACUGACAACAUUGAAAAUACUAACGGAGUGCCAAGGAGUAAUGAUGAAAUAAUUGAUCUCACUGAUAGUACUGUGGAAAAUAUAGAGCCUCAAGGUAAUUUAACAAAUGGUUCUGGCCAUAAUAAUAGGAUAUUAAGGAUAGAAUUGACACGAAAUAACUUUAGUGAUCUGAUGACUGCACCUACAAAUGAUUCAGAUAGUACAGUUAAAUGUAUCAUGUCAAACAAUACAAGUACAAAUUACGAGGAUCAUUAUGAUAUAUGCAACUUUCCUUUGCCUACUGUGGAAGAUAUUGGUGCUGAUCAGGAGAAAUUUUUUAAUUUAGUUGAUGAAGAAAGCUUAGAUGUUAUAGAAAGUUCUUAUAUUGAAAGUCAACUUUUAGACAAAUCUAAAAAGAAAACUACAAAAAAUUCAUUGAGAUCAAAGACUUCUGCAGGAGGCACUAAGUGUGAGAAAUUACAGACAUCUUCUGAAAUAACUCCAAAUAAAUCAACUAAAAGUGGCACAAUUCAGAAUUUGCACCAUUCUUCAAUAACUACUACAUCUUUAUGCCAAAAAAUAGUAAAUAAUUCCUGUGGUAUUAUAGACAGAUCUAGAGUUUCAAGGAACACAGUAUUCGAUAAAGGCAGUUUUAAGAUGCCAAAAUCGCCACCAAUCCACCUGAAAGGUGGUAAGAGUUGGAAACGGUCUAUGUCUAUUUACAGAAAUAGUAUUGGUGGUUUUUCAAAAGAAGAUGGCCGCAACUCAUAUUUAGCAAAAACUUGCCCUAAGGGUAAACUGACUAGAUUGUCAAAUCAAAGAAGUCGGAGAUUGUCAAUAUGUUUAGUUCCUAUGUUAAUAAUUGAUUUAGAAAAAACUAUUCAAAACCCUUUAGUAGAAUACGCCUUAAGUAAUAGUUAUGUGCCAGAUCAAAUUAUUGAAGGUAGUUUGGAAGAUAGCUUUAGAUGUUUAUCGUUGAAUCACGUCAACACACUUAACAAGAAGAGUCAAUUGGACCAAGUACCGAUCAGUGCAAAAGACAUCGUUUUAAGAAAAUGUGGACAGACAGAGCCGUUGGAAUUUUCAAAAUGUUUUCCGGACAGUAUUCUAUCAAAUUGUCAAAAAAUUGGCGAGGGGGUCUUUGGAGAGGUAUUCCUCUUCAGAAAUCCCAAAGGAGGUACUUCAGUCAUCAAAAUAGUACCAGUAGAGGGCGACCUAAUAGUUAACGGGGAGAGACAAAAAAAAUUUGAAGAAGUUUUAUCAGAAAUUAUUAUAACAAUGGAGCUAAGUAAUUUGAGAAACAAUAAAAGAAAUGGAAUACCAGCAUUUACGGAAGUUCAAAAAAUACAAUGCGUCCAAGGGAAAUACCCAGAGAAGUUAGUUUUCCUUUGGGAUGAGUUCGACGAAACCAGACAUUCUGAAAAUGAUUGUCCUGAUAUGUUCAGGAACGACCAGCUUUACAUAGUUUUCCAAAUGGCAUAUGGUGGAAAGGAUUUGGAAUCUUUUGAAUUCAAUAAUGCUAUGCAGGCAUACUCCAUGUUCCAGCAGGUUGCAAUUGGUCUGGCGGUAGCCGAAGAAGAACUCCAUUUUGAACAUCGGGAUCUCCAUUGGGGUAACGUGCUCGUAUCUGCCGUUGAAACCAACAAAAUUGCCUCGUUUAACUUGAACAAUCGAAACUACGAACUUCCGACCCAGGGAGUCGAAGUUGCCAUAAUUGAUUUUACCCUGUCCAGAAUCGAACACAAUGGUGUGGUUAUUUUUAAUGAUUUGAGCAUGGAUCCGGAUUUGUUUGUUGCCGAGGGGGAUUACCAGUUUGAUAUAUAUCGACUGAUGCAGGAUAAAAACAGAAAUAAUUGGAAAGACUUUGAACCAUUUACCAACCUCUUGUGGCUACACUACAUCCUAGACAAAGCCAUCAGGGCUUUGCGAUACAAAAACAUCAAAUCCAAAAAGCACCGGGAUUAUAUAGGUAAACUAAAAAUGCUCAAAGAAAACGUUCUGUGCUAUCACAACGUCAAAGAAUUUGUAUUUGCAAAAUUGUUAGAAAUAAUGUAAUAUUUUUUUAUGUUCAAUUUUAGUUAUUGUGUGUUUGAAUUUCAACGUUUUUUGUAAUUAAAUUAAAAUAGAUGCUAUAUUUAUGAUUUAUUUCGUGCACCUGUCAAAAUUAAGGUUAAAAUCGGUAUAUCAAUUCGUCGCUGGAAAGACAAAGAGACGUAACUUCAAUUUAACUAUUUUACAGGAGACUCAAUUAAACUUUGUGUAUAGUGUAUUGUAUAUGCAGUGUAUCUCGUUUUCUUUAAGGAGAGAUACGCGCCCCUUUGUCACAUCAUGGAUAUCCACUUUUAACAGAUUUGUGGUGGUCUUAAUUUUAAAAAAUGGGGUAUUUUUCAACUUGCGCCCCUUUCCAGCGACGAAAUAAUUUGACUUUGACAUAUAUCGUCGGUCUAAUUUUAAAACCUCGUAAGUCACUAUUGCCCAUUUUUACAAUUUCGGAACACGCAUCGAUUUUUUAAAGAUAAUUUAACUACAACUAAGAAAUAUAUUAUUUUUUUUUUUUUUU